AUGCUGUUUGACUCGCUGCCCACAGCAGGCCUGAGCCCUGCUACAGUGGCAGUGGUAGCCAUUGUCUUCCUCGUCGGCAUAUACCGCCUGCUUCAAGUCGGCAAACGGGACCCUCGCCUGCCGCCCGGACCGCCGACCAUCCCGAUCCUUGGAAAUCUGCAUCAAGUGCCUAUCACCGGUCUUCACAAGCAAUUCCGUACCUGGGCCGAAGAAUAUGGACCGGUGUACUCGCUCAAAUUCGGCCCUUCGACCGUCAUCGUGCUCUGUAGCAGGGAGUCGGUGCACCAGCUUCUCGACAAGAAGGGGGCGAUCUAUUCCGACCGUCCGUCCCUCUACAUCGGGGACAUGCUCACGAAAGGAGACCACAUGGCCCUGACGCCGGCCAACACUGUCUGGAGAGAAAAACGCAAGAUUGUCACGCACAAUUUCUCCCCCAAGAUGUUGGACGAGAAGCACUUCCGCAUCCAAGAGGCCGAGGCAACGGUGUUGAUGAACGAUCUCCUGGCCAAACCGGACGACUUCAUCAAACAUGUGCGGCGGUACACCGCUUCAGUGGCGAAUUGCAUCAUCUAUGGCCAGCGAGCAGCCACGUAUGAGAGCUUCUGGGGCCAUGUGAGUUGCUCGUCUCCCUCUUCCUGGUCAGAAGCCAUGGAACCCGGGGCCAAUCCGCCGGUCGACAUCUUCCCGUUCAUUCGCUAUAUCCCGGAAAGCAUGGCUUUCUGGAAACGUCGGGCUCUGGACGCUGGUAAGACCAUGGACGACGCAUGGCGCGAAGGUCGAGAGCGUGUCGAGCGACGUAGGGCACGGGGGAUCAAGCGUGACAGCAUUGUCGAUGCCUGUCUGGACGAAUAUAAAGAAAAAGGGAUGCCGUUCAGCCAGCACGCUUUUGACAAUCUCAUGGGCGAGAUCUUGGAAGGUGCCGCUGACACGACUGCGUCGCAGCUCUGUACCUUGAUCAUGGCCUUUACCGUCUACCCGGAAGUGCAGGAAAAGGCCCGGGAGGAGAUCGAUCGAGUGUGUGGCUCGGAGAGGGCCCCUGGAUGGAGCGACUUCAAGGAUCUGCCUUAUAUCAAUGCCAUCGUCAAGGAGGGUAUGCGCUGGCGACCAACAUCCGCCACCGCAUUGCCACACUAUCUCAGAGAAGACGACUGGUAUAACGGCAUGCUCAUACCGAAAGGAUCAACCGUCUUCCUGCCCGUGUGGGCGGUGCAUCACUCCGAGGGCAUCUACGAGGAUGCCGAAAGGUUCAACCCAGACCGGUACGCCGGAAUGACCAAGCUGGCCAACGACUACGCCGGGAGUCCGGACUAUGAGAAGCGCGACCACUACGGAUAUGGUGCAGGACGCCGUAUCUGCCCGGGGAUCCAUCUGGCAGAAAGAAACAUGUGGCGGAUCGCGGCCAAGUUGCUGUGGGCGUUCGAGUUCCAUCCGGUCAUCGAUCAAGCCACUGGCAAGCCUGUGCCGAUCGAUACGGAGGCUUAUACGCCUGGCAUUGCACAGUUUCCAUUGCCGUUCGCCGUCGACAUCAAAUGUCGCAGUGAGAGGCACCGUCUGCAGAUCACGAAGGAACUCGACGACGCUCUAGCCCUCGUCCAACAGUUUGAAUAG